GCCGCCCAUAGGCCGUUUGAUGGAAACUUUUGAGCCCACUAUUUUCAUUGCCUCAUCCAACAAUGACAACAUUUUAUGUGGACGACUUAACUAAUGGUCAAGGAAUUCUGGUUUUCCUUCGUCUACUGAAAAGAUGGAAAGGCAGUCUAUACAAACUUGUCUGGAUAGACUUACUGAUCUACAUCACGGCAUACUACAUCCUCAACCUAUCUUACCGAUUUGCAAUGAAUGACAGUCAGAAGCGGAUAUUCGAGGACAUUGUGGACUUUUGUGAGAAGACCAAAGGGGAUAUCCCAAUAUCCUUUCUUCUUGGUUUCUUCGUUGCCGGAAUUAUUUCACGGUGGUAUCGGAUGUAUAUGUAUAUCCCUUGGAUGAACGAAGUUGCGCUCCACGUGGCGUCCAGUAUAAAUGGGCGGGAUGAAAUCAAGACUCGAAAAAUUCGGAUCACAGUCAUGAGAUACCUCAACUUAUCAUGGAUUCUCAUGAUGCGACUGAUAUCAGACCAGAUUGCAUCAAGAUUUUCCUCGACUAAUGCUGAGGAAGUGAUUGAUGAGCCUAACAGUCCUAGAAAACGACGAAAGCGUACUCAAACAAAACAAAAGAUCAGCCGCAAUACUUGUCAUCCGUGGUCUAUUGACGCCACUGAUGCAAUAAAACCUGCGGGAUCCCACUCACAAGCUGGCUUCUCAUCACGCCACGAGACAUCCGCUCCCAUUUCCCCAACUCCAGCCUCACCGACGACUCCACUAACAGCCCCACUAGCAACGCCUGAAACAGGUUUUCCAUAUACAGAUGCUUUCCAAGCUGAAGACGACCCAAAACUCCGGGAAGAUUUGGUUUCAUUCAACCGAGACCAACAAGUGAAAAGAACUUUUGGAAUGAUUAUAACGGAGGCUGAGAUCGCGGCAUUCCAACGCACUGCAAUAGAAUGCUUUCGACGCACGAAGACAAAAUACACACCAGAAUACUGGAUACCAAUACAGUGGGCUCAGCGACUCAUACUCAAAGCCUUAUACUCUGGGUACAUCUUAGACCCAAAAACAGCCUACUACCUAAUUGAUCAAGUCGGUGACCUCCGAAAACAGAUGCAAGAUCUUCAAAUUUUCAGCAGUAUUAUGAUUCCUCUGGUAUACACACAGGUGGUGAUUAUCGCUGUGUACAGUUACUUCCUGUGUCAGAUAUUCGCGUGCCAGUUUGUUCAAAAUCGGGAGGGAGCAAAGGAGAACAAAAUCGACUUGUACAUCCCAAUUUUCAGCAUAUUUUCGUUUCUCUUCCUCAUGGGAUGGCUAAAAGUUGCAUUAUGCGUUAUGAAUCCGUUCGGUGACGACGAUGAGGAUUUUCAAACGUCAAGCAUCCUGGACUACAACCUUGAAGUCAGUUUCAGAUCCGUUUACAUGGAUGGCGUUUCCUUCCCCCAAUAUCUUUCUUUUCCAUUGGGCAAAAAGGCUCCGAAUGAGGAAGAUGACCUUGAAAAGUUUUUGGAGGACAUUGACUGUGACCUGAACAGGCAAAUGGAUCAUCCCAUUGAGAACAAUGUCUGUAAUUUGGAAAUGAAGCCAACAAGGUUGAGCCGAUGCAAGAAUUGUCUUUGCUGCAAUAAGCAACAACCAGCAGCGCCGAGGCUGAUUAUCACUGACGCUGAUACCACAACCCUGAAUAUUUCAAGUGUACGGCAUCUUGCUAGCAAGUCGAAGAAUUUUGUCAAUGACGCGCACUACAUGCCAUUGUCAUCACCGCCGAUAUCCCUAUCUCCGACAGUCCCAACGUACUCUUCUGUAAACAAAUGAUGGCCCUAUUUGAAAUAAAAGUGCUGGAGAGACAUGAGAAGAAUAUCUGCUAUAUUUCACAAAAUUUUAUAAGCGCAGAGCUAAACUUGUAUCGAUUAUUUGGACAUCAUUUCUUAAUAUUGCUUGUCAAAGCUUUUGGUUCACAAAUGUACUGGCUUUUUCAUUUGUAAUACAGAAGCAUCGUACAUUAAAACAACUCGACAGGGAUUUCGC